AUGGCAACCUCGUGGAACCCCGACACGCGCAACGAGAAAGGUCAAUGGGAAAUGCAGUCGUCAUCCUCGGACGACUGGACCAGCUUGACCAAUACUAAAUGGAAGCUUCUUGAGCAUUUUGUCCGGCACAUCACACAAUCUGAUCUCAAAACAAAACCCACCCGAACUAAGAAACCGCAGGCUAGUGAUUUGCUUAAAUCUCAACUCACAGCCAAGUUGAAUGAUCUUGUCCGACAAUAUCUCAAGCCUCCCUUCAACCACUUAGACUGCCACCCAAAGACUGCGUCCUCCCACUUAACAUUAAAAGGUCGAACCUUCAAGGGCAAUACACGUAUGGAGGUCAUACAACAUGCCAACUCUCGUAUGACAGAGGCACUCCUGGCAACUGCUUUUGAAAAGAUGGCUGCCAGGACACAUCAGAUGUGGGUAGAUGACAUAAAUGAUGGCUAUUACGUAGUUGUUAAACAAGCAGAUCCCAAGGAGAGUAACAAGGACCCCAUUCCAGAUGAGGAUGACAACAACAUAGUUGAUCAGGAGGCAGAGAAGGAACACUGA